AUGUCUUUCUUUCUUAGUAAAUUUUGCUUUUCUUUCUCUCUUCAUUUUUAUUGUUUUUCUUUUCAAAUUUCUUUCUUUUUUUCCUUUCUUUUUUCUUUUUAUUUUCACUCAUCUCUUCAUUUUUGUUUUCAUUUUUGUUUUCUUUCUCGAUUUUCUUUUCUUUUUUUACAUAUAUAUUUGCCUACUCCUUGGUUUCUUUUCUUCAUCAUUUCUUUGUAUUUUUCUUCUUUCUUUUUUUCUUUAUACAUUUCCAUUGUUUUUAAUUUUUCAAAGAAAAUGUCUUUCUUUCUUUCUUUCUUUCUCUUUCUCUCUUUCUUUCUUUCUUUCUUUCUUUCUCUUUCUCUCUUUCUUUCUUUCUUUCUUUAUUUCUCUUUCUCUCUUUCUUUCUUUCUUUCUUUCUUUCUUUCUCUUUCUUUCUUUCUUUCUUUCUUUCUCUUUCUUUCUUUCUUUCUUUCUUUCUUUCUUUCUUUCUUUCUUUCUUUCUUUCUUUCCUUCUCAUCUAGUUCUUUGAUUUGCUUUUGUUCUUUUUCUAUUAUUCCUUCUUGCAUUUGUUUGCUUUUUGUUAUUCUAAAACAAUUUUCUUCCUUUACGCCAGCAUAUUUUGGUUUUAUUUGCUCAUUCCUUUCUAUUUUAAUUUAUGCUUUUUUUAUUAUUUUUGAUUUGUCCAUAUCUUCUUCGCUUCUUUUUUCAUCAAAUUCCGCCAAUCAUUCUUUUUAUUCUCUUUGGUAUUUUACCAUCCAAACGAACAAUUCCAUACUUUCUCUCUCACUGACCCACACUCCCAAAAUAAUCCCUACUUUAUUUCUAUACACUCUUUUUAACUCCUUUUACUUUCAUCUUUUUUCACAUAUUCCAUAA